AUGAUUAAUCUGAACGAACCUUCGGCAUCUGAUAAUCUCAAGUUUCGUCUUUUUAACUUGGAUGAUGGUCUUGGUAAAAUAUAUUCGUUCGAUGCUGACGGCGUAGAACAUAACUACACAACAUCUCGUUAUGUACAAGUCACAACAAUCAACAUGAAGACAAAAGUUGCUGUUGAAACAAUUAGCAAAACGUAUCAAGAAUUUCGACAGAGUUACUUUCAAUCAUACUCCUUUGAUGUUGCUAUCCCUAUACCGUUAGGCGCAGCUAAAAUUGACAUUUCUUUUGGAUAUCAUCGUACUUUGUCACGCGCCUAUGAAAAAAUUACCAAAGAAAUAUCAUCAGACUGGUGGGGAAUUUACAAUGUUCAUCUGGGUCCAACAUAUUUACUAAAGUUUGAUCCACUGUUCACAGCAGCUCUCGACAAACUCGUCUCUGAGCCUACGACAUCGAAAGAUCAGGCCUACUACAACCGUCUCAUCGAAACAUUUGGCACUCACUAUGUCUCAGCAGUCAUCGUUGGUGGACUUGGGAAUCUCUAUAUAUACAUCACUAGCAGCUAUGCAAGAGAAUAUAGUCGUUCAGCUGUUGAAGAGGGAAUCAAAGUUGGCUUUGGUGUUGCUAUGGACAACGGUUUGGUAGGAGCCGGAGUAAACGGUGUUUACAACUGGGGUAAAGAGAAAUCAAGUCUUACUGAAGAAUUCAAACAAAAUUCUGAAAUGCAAACAAAAUUUAUUCCUGCUGUGGUCAUCUCACCUCAGAAUGAAAGACGGCAGUGGGACGUUUGGAAGGAGCAAGUAUUAUCUAAUCCAGCAGUUGUCAACCGCACACUUUGUCCUCUCGUCGAUCUUCUCAUCGACUACCCAGAUGAAGUUCAAAAGCACUUGCAGGCAACCAUUGAUUACUACCUUCUCAACGGAGUCCUCCCAACAUUAGAUCAGGUAUUAAGCAGCAAGUUCAGACGAAAGAAACGUGCCUUCGUCAAUUUUGAUCAAGCCAAACCAGUUCCAGGUCUCGAUGUUGUGGGCUGUGGAUUUGAUAUUGGUGGUAUUGAGAGUCGACAAUGCCUCUUUGACCUAUCGACAGGCACGAACACUACCUUGUGGGUCGACGUCUAUAACAAUGAUAAAACCUACACGGUUCCACCUAAUUUCUUCGUCUCAGAUAAACGUGAUGUCAAUGCAAUGUAUGAAAGCAGACUCUUCAAGACACUUGACGAAUUCUUUCAAAUGUCUAUCUACAGUAUACAAGAAGAUGAUGACGGCUUCUUUGGGUUCGGAGCAACAUCAAAACGUAUAGAUGUUAUUGAGAAAUACCGUCAAUUCUAUGACUAUAAGUAUCAAAUGGCCUGGACACGAAGACAAAUCUCAAUGUACACACUUGCCUUAACCACGUUUCCAACUCCACAAUUCAAUGACAUGACCCAACUAGCUAUCGAUGAACUGCCUGACACAUUUGAUAACGGCUCCAUUUCAAAUAUCAAAAAAUGGAAAGCAUUCUUCCAUGCCUACGGAACACAUUUUGUUGCCAGCUCGGACAUGGGUGGGUUAUUGUGGGCGGAAGAUUAUUUUGAAGGAUGUUUAAUUACAAAGUAUAGUGAAAGAUGGGUUAGGGAGCAAGUGAGAAGAAGUUAUUGGUUUUUUGGUGAUGAAACUUAUUCAGAACAUUAUACAAUGAAUGUUGAUCAAAUCUAUAAAAAAUAUAGUUCAUCUAUGUCAAAACUGAUUGGUGGCAUUGAUAAUAAUCCAGGUGAAGCCUCCUCAGUUGAACCCUAUAUUAUUAAUGCUUGGAUUUCAACACUUAAAAACUAUCCACAACCCAUCAACUAUCGUCUUCUACCGAUUUACACACUACUUCCAAAAGGUGAUAAAAAAGAAACAAUGAAAAAUGCAACAUAUUACUUUCGUUCACAAGCAGCUGCAGAUGAAAAUCUCUAUAUUCAACGUCUACAAACACAUCCAAAUCCGCUACCUCUGCCGAAAUUAGAUUGUUCUCCAACUGCACGACGGAGGAAACGUGCUGUCACUAGCUCUGCAUUCGAUUUGACAGCAGCACGAAAAAGUCUCUGUCCAGUAGUUGGGUUUCGAGGAACGUUCUGUCCAGGUGAUCCAGCCUGGAAUAUCAGUUCCACCAACUCGUCAGACGCCCCUAAAGCUUUAUCACUCUUGCCACAGCGAGAUUUGCCAAAAGGUGUUGGUAUGGCUAUCGACUUCAGCACUGGGAAUGUUCUUUUGCCAGCUUUGCGACUCACUUAUCCUCUCUCUCCUUCAUCUGAUUUUCUAUGGAAAGAUCCGCAUUCUGGUCGUGUCUUUAUCUUGCCGAACGAAGUUAAUCUUACACGGUUGAAUGACGAUUUACUUGAUGUCAAUGUUAGUUCGUAUUCCACCCCAACUGAAUUCACAGAUGCAUGGUUACGUCUAGGAGCUGAUGGUGACUGGUCUACAAGUCUUCUCUCCAAUCUUCAAGACAUUUCGGAUAUUGAUUCGACGUAUUUUUUAGAUGAUCAAGGAACUGCUAUUGCUCAGAACUAUAGUAAACUGUAUAAUCUACGUGUUAAAGCGAUUGAUGAUCCUGCUUCCCUACCUUUGAACUCAUAUGCUCAUACUGCAAUAAAUGCACUAACUGCCACCUAUGAUGAGGAUCU